AUGUACAGUAGCUCGAGAAGAAAAAAACGUCUUCCGCCUGGCGCAAAUAAAAAUAAUAAUCAAACAGCCAUCAGCAUCGAUACCUCUCCACAGCCACCAGAGUAUACUCGCCGAGAUGGUUCACAUGAAGGCAAUGACGAACUAGAUAUAACACAAAGUAGCCUCGAGACUAAGGAGUCCGGUUCACGCGAGACGCAAUCAUAUUUGGACGACAUGAAUCCACUCAAAAUUCACAGGCUAGAUCUAAUCGUCACGAUUGGUCUUUAUUACACCUCAUUAAUAAUAAAUUCUAUAACUCUUUCAAGUAAUUCUUCAUCGUUUUUUGAGUUUUUAUUUAAUCUACUGUUCGGAUCCUUUGCAUUGAACCAAUGGAAAUUCGGUCAAUUAGACUUAAUUGGGAAAAUCACUGGACUAGUACUCUCAUUGCAAUCUUUCAUAUUCUUAAUUGCCGUUGGGAUUUAUGUGUUCUCAAAAUUUUCCGGAUCCGUAAAACAUUCUAAAGGACGCGGCGAGGGACCAGAAAAAACUGGAAAAAUACAUUACGGAGGACCAUUUCAGAUCGUUUACUUAUUCAAGAAUUUUUUCAGUUCGAAUGACUCGCAUGACACGUAUUAUGAUUCUCUCAAAAAGUUUGAUGCUCAACUAUCUCAAUUUAUAGGACUAUUGGGUUAUUUCUUGAUUAUAUUUGCCGCCAUUUUCGCGGGGAGUAAUGAAGUUACGGAAAUUGGUGCUUCAAACGCAGUUGCUAAGUCCGCGUACAAAGCUAUUAUUGCAGCUGUCAUAUUGUUAGCAAUAUUAAAUAUAGUUCAAUGGGUGAUAGAUAUUUGGAGGAUUGGAAGUGAUGAGAUAAUUAUUUAUGAGAUCAUUAGAAAUAACUCGUGUUGUGGCGGAAACAAGAUAUCCAAAAAUUCAGUGGGAAUAUUAGAUAGGAAUAUGCCAUUCGCUUCAAUCCCAAAAGCACCGCUGAUAAAGUCCACAGUAUCGGUGGCAAUGACCGGAUCACCAACCGUGGUGAAAACAUCAACGGGCAUAACUGCCUCACCUACGGCGUCAAGAUCGAUUAGUCCUUCGAAGCCCUCAUCGAGAAAUAGUAGUCCCGCUUCCUCGAGGCCAAGCUCGCUGGCUAAUCUUUCCGCCUCCUCCCUGUCAAGGUCACUGCAACCGUCCACGGUAUCAACUGCUAGCCCAUCACAAUCGAGGUCCGCCCUGGCGAGUGAACCUCCUACUACAUCCUCUAGGACGCAUUAUGACCUUAGCCCGUCUCGACCUCUAGUUGUAUAUCCUACCGAGACUGCUACUUAUUACAGCGCGCCAUCAGCCGGAAUCGUGGAAAGGCAUGAGUUAACUCAAGAAGUGAUAUAUGGCGGGAAUAAUUUUGAUGGUCAAAAUUUAGGCACGGGAAAUGUUGGGGAAUCAACGUAUGAUAGCAACUUUGAAGUACAAGGGUUAACACGUGAAAGUGGUGGAGAUAGUGCGGAAAGGCAAGAAUACACACACGACAGUGGAGGAUUUGACAGACAGGAAUUAGUAUAUGGAGGUGAUGUUGAUGAAGGGCGCCCAUCUAGUGGUAGUGACGUUGUAGAAAGAAGAGAAUUAAACACUACCACUGAAAGUCAACGAUUAUUACCUCAGAGAACAAGCACUAUACAGAGACAAUCCGGUCUUAGAAGGAGUACAAGUAGCAAUAGAGCUCGUAGGAGUCGAAGAAAUGAUAGCGAAGAAAGUCUUGAGAGGGGAAGACCAAGAUAA